AUGCAAUGGGACGGCCAGUCUUCUAAUGAUGACAGGGUUAACGUUAUAUUUAAGUAUUCAAUACUUGAAWUGUUGUCACAUUUGGACAAAUCUGGUGCUAAUAAUAUAAUGUUUGUCUAUGAUAUUACACAUCAAAAUGAUAAUAAUAUAAAUAAUACAGAUCUUAGUGAUUGUGAUGAAACAUUAAAACAAGUGAUACAACAAUCGAAAUACRGAUCAUUAAAUAAUAUUGAGAUCAAGUUUGACGAAAACAAUAUAUUUUAUUUUAACAACGAGUCGUUCAAUUAUCUGGUGGCUGUCAUUCAACCUAAUAACAUGGAAUAUAGCAAAAGUGAGCAUGGUCAUUAUGAUAAAUGUUGGUCCAGACAAAUUGAUGAAUGCAAACGUAUGCUAACAUAUUUAGGACAAUUGAAACCACACAAUGUUAAAGACACGGUAGGYAUCAAUGAGGCCAAGCGUAUGAUAAAAUUGUUGGCCAAACCAUUUGCCAAUAUAGCCAAUGAUAUUGCUGAUAAUGUUAAAAAGUCUGAUAUAAUUAGCAAUAAUAUUAAACAAAUUGAUGAAAAUGUUAUUCAACUAAAACGAGAACUAUAUAUACCGGUUACUGUAGUCGAGAUAAUACCGUUARAMAAUCCAAUGUUGGUUUGUAUGGAUGACCAGUGCUGUCAAUCUAUCAAUAGUAACGGAAAACUUGUUAAACAUUAUGAUAUUGUAUGCGAAAGGAAUUGUGACUUAAAUUAUGACUACAAUAGUAAUAGUGUGGGAUAUAAACGAUUGCUUAAUUGUAAUGCAUUCAAACAAUCAGGUCUACAAUGCGAUAAUUGUAAAGUGUGUGGACAUAACUAUAAGAAACAUAUGUUUGUUAGAUAUGAAACCAGAAAAAUAAAAUCAGAGCACAGGGAUGAAGACAAGCAUUCAAUUAUCGAGAAUAUGGAAAUGGAAAGGGAUUCACAACAAUAUAAAUUGAAUGAACAAAUGGAYGGACAGCAAAAAUGUAAGGAUGAAAGUACGGCUAUCACUGAAUGUAUGGCACAGUUCGCUACUUUCAUCAAACAUAACGCAUUGAUGCCAUUUAACGACGCUUUCAAUGAUUACAUGGAUUAUCUAAUUAGUGUUGAAGAGCACAGGGAGUCACUGUUACCUGAAGAUAGUCAACAAUCGUUACAACAAUUGAAGCACACUAUGAAACAAUACCAACAAGAAAAUUAUGUCUUAAAUGAUUUGAUAGGACGGACCCAUAAUUACAAUGAUGACAUUACUUUGCAUGAUAUUGUUAAGAGUGUUGAACAGAUAUGUCAAUUACCUCUUUAUGGUCAAAUGAUUAGAGAGCACCUGGAUAUCAAUCAAUCGAUAGUCAUAAAUGGAUAUAUUAAUAGUGAAACAAUUGCUGAAAACAUUGUUAAAGUAGAUUUGAAAUCUGUCCGCAACUCAUUGAAAACCAAUAAGUUUCGCAAACUGUGGUCACAGGUGUUUGGUUUACGACUGCAAACUAAAGACAGUAUUAUUAUUAUCGGUGAUUGGAGUUUCAUUGAAUGUUUGAGUGUUACUAAUAUGAGUAGGUGUGCCCAUAAAACUUUAUCGGAUCAAUCAUUUUUGGCCAGCUAUACAACUGUCCAUAAGUGGGAUUACUUGUGA